AUGGCUCUGAGACCAUCAAUCAAGAGAAGAAGUGCCCAUCUAGGCCGUGAUAGUAUGUUGCGUCAAGCCCGAGGAACAGUGUACUGGCCCAACAUGGCUUCUGACAUCAAGCAAAUAGCCGACAUGUGUGAAACAUGCCAGGAAAUGAAACCCCGAAAUUCACCAGAACCACUCAAGCAGCACAGUGAUGGCGACGAACCGUGGCAAAAGAUUGAUAUUGAUUUAUUUGAAAUUGCCGGAAAGCACUAUUUGGCAAUGGUAGACUACUACUCAAAUUUCAUGGAGAUUGAUUUACUCACAACGAUGACGAGUGUACGUAUUGUAACAUUACUCAAGAAACAUUGCGCUCGUUAUGGCAUACCGAGAAUGAUUGUGUCGGAUGGAGGUCCGCAGUUUACCAGUCACGAAUUCAAUUCAUUUGUGGACUCAUAA